AUGGCUUCUAAACUCAUUGUCAAAAACUGGAUACAAAGACUAUUGCCUGCUUGCGAUGGCGAUGCAGCUCAUGCGAAACGGCAACUGGAAUGGCUCAAGGAAAAAGUGGCAUUGGAUGUGAGUGGCAACAGCAGUAAAUCUAUCUACUCGCUAUCCCAGCAAGAACAAGCUCAGUUGGAUGCAUACAUCACACAGCGAACGGAAGAGCACAAGCCGCUGCAAUAUAUACUGGGAACACAACCCUUUUGUGAGUUGGACAUUGUCACACGACCUCCGACACUGAUACCAAGAUGGGAAACGGAAGAAUGGACAUACCGAGUUAUUGACAUGUUAAAGAACCAACUAUCGACGGUCCAGAAGCCUCUGCGAAUCUUGGAUGUGUGUACCGGAUCGGGCUGCAUUUCAUUAGCGUUGGCAAAGCACUUACCGAAAGAUUCUGUACACAUUACAGGUCUAGACAUAUCCGCUCAAGCCGUGUCUCUAUCACAGCACAAUCUGAUUUUACAUCAAUCACAGCUUCGAAAUCCAGUUGAAUUUCACGUACAAGAUGUAUUCCACUACAAGCCUCAAGACGAGAUUCAUCUGGUUGUAUCCAAUCCACCGUACAUUACAAACGAAGAAUAUGAGACGCUAGACCCCGAUGUCAAGGAUUGGGAAGACGUGAGGGCGCUGGUUGCCCCAGAUCAAGGCACACAAGUCCAUCAAGGCGUGAUUCAAGUAGCCAAAUAUUGCAGACCACUGACCAAAGGGCCGCAUCUGUUGAUGGAAAUGGGUGGUACACAUCAAAUUAAGCUUUUGAGCGAGCUGAUGCUUCAACAAGGCUUCAACACGAUUGACGUAUGGAAGGAUCUAGCAGGCAAAGAUAGAGUCAUCACUGGUGAAUUAUGA